AUGUGGCCCAAACAUAAGCAAUUCUUCUGUGAUUCAUUUAAUUGGACGGCAGCCACCCACAUCGUUGACUACGAGCGGCCCUCGAUUGCUCUCAAGCGACGGCACCGAUCUAUGGCAACUGCGUUGCUUUCCUCGUUAGGGCUUCGCAGGGGAGUUGACCUACUGCUCACCGUCGUUCGUCCAGUGUCAACUUCAAAGAAGUCUUCAAAAUGGAAAUUUACUGAACAAGUUGAGGAUAGCACGACUUACGUUAGUGUGGAGGAAAUUGCUGAGCCUCCACGAACAUCGAACUCUCACUGCGCUCUUUGCACAUGCAACAUUCCUGUGAAGCUAUCGUACAGCGACGUGUUGAUCCUCGAGCAGUUUAUGCGAGAAGAUGGCACCGUGCUUCCUCGCCAGCUCACAGGACUGUGCAAAAAGCAGCAGCUACGAUUAGAAAGAUGUGUCAUGCAAGCUCAUUGGGCUGGACUUUUCCCUGACAGGACGAUACCUGAGUUCGACAGGUCCGGGUACAAGCGGUUCAACAGAUAUUGGAACGAUGACAUGGACAUGUAUCGAUUGAGAGAGAAAUUAGAAACUGGAACGUGGUUCUAUAUGAAGCGCUAUAACACAGAAAACCAACAGGUUCCACACAGGAAAACUAGAUGA